AUGGCCUACUUGCUGCUCUAUGUCGACGACAUCAUCCUGACGGCAUGUAUGGCUGGUCUCCUCAGUCAGCUCACGGCUCGUCUUCGCGCUGAGUUCGCCAUCAAGGACUUGGGUCCUUUGCACUACUUCCUCGGUGUCGAGGUGGUGCGCCGUCCGGAUGGCUUCUUCCUUCAUCAGCGGAAGUACGCUCAUGAGCUCCUGGAGCACGCCGGCAUGCUUAACUGCAAGCCCGCCGCUACCCCUGUUGAUACGAAGGCCAAGCUUUCUGCCACGGAUGGUUCUCUUGCUUCGGAUGCUGCUUUCUAUUGGUCUAUCGUUGGUGCUCUCCAGUACCUCACUCUGACUCGACCGGAGAUCCUGUAUGCUGUGCAGCAGGUGCGUCUUCAUAUGCAUGCUCCUCGAGAUGUUCACUGGGCUGCCCUCAAGCAGAUUCUCUGCUAUAUCUGUGGCACUAUGGAUCUUGGCGUCACGCUUCACGCCUCCGCCGACACCGCCCUCACCGCCUACUCCGAUGCAGACUGGGCGGGCUGCCCUGACACUCGUCGCUCCACUUCGGGCUAUUGUGUCUACCUUGGACCCUCACUUAUCUCGUGGUCGUCCAAGCGGCAGCCUACGGUCUCUCGUUCCAGUGCUGAGGCUGAGUAUCGUGCAGUGGCCAACGCCGUCGCCGAGUGUUCGUGGCUUCGCUAG